AGUGUUGUCACAUCUAAAGAUGCCCCCCGAUGAGGCGGUGGUGUUUGUGGCAGCCCACUGACGGAGCUUAGACACCACUGAUUUAUUGAAUGAGUGCGCUGAGUGUUGGCAGUGGUACCGUAACGUGAACUAACAACAUCUAAUAAAUGGCGAGGACGGGAGCUGCUGCGUAAACGCCAAAGAAACCCGAGCAUCAACACGUUGCUGUAGCCGAGGCGGUUUGCUGCCACAAGCUAGCACCAAAGACUGCUAGCAUCCUGCUAAGCUAGCCAGCAGGUACGGUUAGCCGGGAAGCUAAUGCUAGCUGGCAAGUCUAUAUUUAGUGGACCCUGUGUGCCAUCGGGAGGGAAAACGGUAGGCGAUUAGUAUUGACAGCUUGACCCGAGAGGCUUUUGUGUGUCCUAUGAUCUCGCAGCGUUAGUUGUCGGCACCAAAAUGUCCACCACUUCGUUGGAUAAAGAAUUACAGGAGCGACUGAGAGAGGCGUCUGCCAUCGGGGACAUCGACGAAGUGCGGACAUUGGUGGAGAGUGGGGUAAAUGUUAACUCACAGAACGAAAUAAAUGGAUGGACGUGCCUGCACUGGGCGUGCAAGAGAAACCAUAAGCACAUAGUGUCCUACUUACUCAGUUACGGAGCGGACAAAGAAAUCCUCACAGCUAAAGAUGAGCUGGCCUCACAACUUACAUCCAAACCAGAGAUCAAACGACUUUUAGGAGUUGAAGUGGAGGAAGUGCCUGAAGUCAAAGAGCCUGAGUUGCCAAUCAUCCCCAACUACCUGUCUAACCCGCCCUUCAUGUACUCCAAGCUGGAUAACAAGACAGAGGUUCUCCUGGCACAGCACCUUACACAGAAUGGCUCUGGAGACCACGCUGAUGACACACACAGCGACUCACCCUCUCUUUCUCCGACUCACGAGCCUCAGAAACCACAGAGCCUGCUUUCUGACGGGCCCACUGCUCCCCCAAACCCCACCACCCACAGCCAAGCCCAGGCUGGGGAUUUCAUUCCUGUGACUGAGCAAAAUGGUGUGUCGUCCAAUGCGGCCUCGUCCCACAACCACGCUGUGGUUAACUGCACAGUGCCCAUGGACCUGUCAGUUGAGCCACACCUCGUCAACCAUGCCGCUGAGUAUCCGCAUGCGGUGGCACACAACGGCACCAUGUGCUCGCCUCCUUUGGCCUCCCCCAGCCCCAGCUUGGCCAGCAGCAGUGGGAGCCAGGUCCAGGCCCCGGUGGCCAGCGCUAACCCGACCAUGAGCAGGCAGCAGUCUAUCCCACAGCAGCUGAGCUACGGCCAGGCUGGUGGGCCCAUGCCAGCCUUCCAGCCUUUCUUCUUCACCAGCACCUUCCCUGUCAAUGUGCAAGAGUUGGUGCUGAAGGUGCGUAUCCAGAACCCCAAUGCAAGGGAGAACGACUUCAUUGAAGUAGAGCUGGACCGCCAGGAGCUCACCUAUCGUUCCCUUCUGAGGGUGUGUUGCCGUGAGCUGGAUAUUGGUGUUGAGCACGUGGAGAAGAUCCGCAAGCUGCCGAACACCAUGUUGAGAAAGGACAAGGACGUGGCUCGGCUGCAGGACUUUCAGGAGCUGGAGGUUGUGUUGGAGAAAGCAGAGGGCCUGUCUCUUUUCUCUGGGACUGGGGGCCUAACAGACAGACCGUGCUACAACAUGAAGGCCUCCCGCCUCACCUACUAGAGCUACCACAGAGCCUGAGGUCUCCCCUGCUUAUGAUGGGCUUCUGUAGCUACCCUCAAGCAACCAUAACUAGUUGCCCGCCCAGGUCCCUUGUUACAGCUUUGUCCAGCUUUGGUGUUUCGCCAAUUUCCUAACUGGGAUUUGUUUUUUCAAGUUCUGUAGCUAUUGUCCUCCUCCUGUCCUCCUCUGGCCCUCCUGCCGCUUUAGUGUACCCAACCAGUUGUAAGCGAUUACUGAUGCAUGGUGUCCUCGAUUAUGUGCGAAAGUAUUUGGGCCCCCUUUCUCCUCUCUUUAUCUCUUUCUCUCCGCCCACUGCACUUUGUGCCAAGGCUCCAGUGGGACAACAGAGGGAGACAUUGGCUCGUCUUCCUUGCGGACUGGACUUGAAUGGGAUUCUGUAAUAGCCUUAUUUGGACACAUCCCUACACUGGCUGUGAACUAUGUUCACAGAGGAAAAGUCUGAUAAGACAAAGAGCAGAGGACGACAGGAAGGAUUUACAUAACUCUUACCGAUAAGUUCAUCAUCAGUCUACGGGAUAGGACAAGUCGGACUUGAACACAGCAACUUGAAUUCCUAGGAAACUGACAUAUAGAGUGUUAUCAGAUGGCUGGCGCACACACUUUCAUACAUGCUGUAGGCAUAAACCUUAGUGUCUUUCCUGCAGAAGGCAUCCAUUACUGGCCUAAGGACUAAGGUAUCUUUGGACUAAUAGUACUUCUAUUUGCUGACCACACAUACAGUAUGCUUUAAUCUAUAUCCACACAGGAGUACUGGUUUCCCUACAUAUUUAAAUCAUUCAUUCAUACACUGUGGAAAAAGAAAUAAUUAGUUUUGUUCGAAUUGUUCUCUUUUGUGUCUUCAUGUCCGACAGAAAUUUAUAUCUUAGAGAUUAAUGUGCAGCAACUAAUUUCUUUCUUUAUUUUCUACAGUGCGUUCUCACCUCUGCUUCGCAGGGUGUGCGAUUAGGUUCAGUCAGCAUAACACUUAAACUGUCAACUGUGAAGUAUUUAUUUUUAAUUAUUUUGAAUUCUUAUUAAUAAAGCGAGACCAUGCGCUUUAGAGUAGCAAGGCUUGAGACCCGGCAAAGGUUGUGUACGAGGCUCCCACUCACCUGUAAGUUAAUUUCAGUUGCUGUCCUUGUGUUUUAACUGUGAUUAGAGUCGAAACCAAAAAACUAAUCUAGCCAGCAAAGAUACUAACUGCAGAGUAAACUAUCACUGCUUCAGAGAAGAAUGCAGCCUUGUUAGAUGUUCUUCCCCCCCCCAAACUCAGAGAGGAAGGAAAUAAGAUACAGCAAAGGUGAUAAUCUGUGUUUGUGGCAGUUGUUUUAAUGAUUGAGUGCUUCCUUGUUUCUCCAGCACUUAUCUUAAUUGUUAUUUCUGGCACAAUUAUCUGCGUUGCUCUGCGUCACCUCAGAUUAAACUGGACUGCGUAGGUGGUGACGGGAGUUCUUUAAAAUAUAAAAAUAUAUGGCUUCAGUUGGGUUGUCAAAGCCAGUCUAGUGCUAAUGUUACAUUGUUUUUAUUGAAGAAAAUGUUGAAGUUAAUGUUUUCCAUUUGGUAGCUUAAUCAAAGUUUGACUUAAGGGUCCAGUGUGUAGGAUUUAGGGCCAUCUAGUGGCAGAAAUGGUACAUAACUUCCAUAAUUUUGAAUAUAAGAAUUUGUUACAUCAGAGUGAGCGGUUUUAAUCAACAUACAGAGCGCUUCCUUUUUCACAGAGUCCACCAUGUUCUACAGUAGCCCAAAAGGGGCAUACCCAACUCUGACCCAAGAUAGCGCCAUCAGCCACCGUAGUCCUUCCACAUGCUUGGCACAUGGGUGAAGUUUCAGUUCUGCAACCUCACCACUAGAUGGCACUAAACCCUACACACCGGACCUUUAAAUGGAGACUGACGAGAUGACGACACUAAACAUUCUUGUACUGUACAUUAAGAAUUUAACAACUCAAGAGGCACAGCCAUUGUGUGCCGGAAGGUAACGUUCAUGCUGCUUUCAUCAACACCGAUUAUUCCUUUUAAUUCUCAAUGCUGGGGCUCAUUUAUUUGAAGCAGUGCGGUAGGCGGCCACUACACGACGUCCUACAAUCAAAAAGUUUCUUCCCAGUGGUAACUGUUUACUGUUGAAAAUGUAUACCUGAAGCUCUUACUUGUAUUUGUAUGUUUUAUGAUAAUUUUUUUAUUAAUUUGUAUAAUUUUUUUAACCAGUUAGGCCUGUUGUGUUUGUGUCAAAAAAAAGUCUACUAUCGUGCGAGAAAGAGUUCAACAACAGGAUGAAGUUGUUGAAGCAAAGUGCAAUGUGUUUUUGGAGGGGGAAGAGAAUGUGUUUCCGGAAAGUUUGAGAAGAAAGGACUACCAAGAGUGCUUAUUUUCUGUUUCCAACUACGUUAAAUGCUUUAUUAAGUGAAGUUGUGCCACAUGUGAAAGGCAGGAGCUUGGUUGAGAAAGUGGGACAGUGUAUGGAGAAAACACCCCCCCGGCCGUUUGGUGCCCCGGGUGAGUGAGAGCAGCAUGUUUGGAAAUGGGUUUUUAUAGGAUCUUCUAUGAUUCUGUGAAAAGCAGAUGGCUAACAUUGUAUUUGUGGGGUUGCUUAUUGUUCUAGAAAAAGCAGAAUACAGUUUGACUUAACCUAUGCAUUCAGAGUCUGAUAUUUUUAUAUACAGUACGUCCUGUGUACUUGUAGAGAUGAUCUUAGGCACUGCUAAAGUUGUGUUUUUUCGUUCUGGAGACCUGUAUCUGUUCUUUGAUAAAGCAUGGUGAAUUAACUUCCUUCUUUUUCUUUCAAUCUGACCGUGUGUCUUCAAAAAGCGUAUUAUUUCCAUCUGACUAAUGAAGUAAUUUAGAUGUAAUGAGUUUACGUAUCUGUUUAAAUGAAAGGACCAGUUACACAUUUUGUUUGGCUUCUGUCGCAGGUUAUCCUCUGUGUGUACCUGCAUGUGUGUGCUGGGUGUUCAGGUAAACUCCCCAAUAAUUCAUUGAAAUCUGUGUUUCAACUGAGAGCCAGUAGAGGGAGCAGAAGAGCAAAGAUUGGCAUUAGAUGAGCCACAUACUGUAGGUAUGCCACUUAAAGUCAUAAGAUUUUUUUUUUUUUGCUUGGAUUUAAUUGAAUUCAUAAAAAGUAUUUUAAAACCUGG